GAUCGACGUUCGCUCACUUGUUCCGAUCAUUCGUUCUGUUUUGGCCAGAAAAAGAAAUGGAGGCUGUUCUAAACAUUCUCAAGGCGUCAAAAGGCGACCAAGACGCUGUCACAGAACUUAAACAGUUCUGUGAAGAUAACAGCCAGACAUUUGCGUUCGAGGAAGGUGAUAUGGGCCUUCGAAGGGAUUUUAUCGAUGCGAUUUUGGAAGAGCUUGCAUCAAGACGACGCGGCGAAGAAUUCGAAAAGAGCGCAUUAAAUGCACUGCGAAUUCUAAGUCGCGAUAAAAAUGGCUUGGGGCUUCUCACAUCAGAGAAAUCCUGUAAGACUUUAUUCAUUCUCUCUGGAUUAUACUCUGAAGAGGAUAGAGUCCCUGGGAGCAAGGGUUCGGAAGAGAAUGGAGGAAAAAAGGGAGCGAAAGCUUUGACCUGUAUAGGUCCAACAGAGGUGGACACCGUUUAUCUUAGAAUGAUGAACUACGAUGGAUGCGUCAAAACGAGUGGGACGAUCAUCGAAUCAUUGAAAUGCUUGUGUAAUAUAAUGUACCACAGUGCGCCUGCAAGGGAACAUUGCAUAAAAUUCGACGUGACAUUAUCCCUUCUACACCGACUCAAAAACUGGGCCGAUAAAAGCGUCCCUCAAGAUGUAUUCUAUUUUGAUUUGAGGCUGAUGUUCCUGCUAACCGCUUUUGAGGGGGCGAUUAGAAAAACAGCUUUCGAGAAUAAGGGAUUGUGUAUUCUUACACAUGCCCUAGAUUCGCAAGUUCCGGGCAAGGACGACAGAGAUCGAACCCAUAGUUCAAAUGGGAAAGAUGGAUGUGGUGAGAUCGAAUCUAAAGAACUCCACAAGUUGAAUGUUGCAGAGAGGUUUAAACUUGAGAAAUUUCCAAAGACUUACCAGAUGACGAAAGACCAGGCUCGAAUGUCAGCAGAAAUCCUAAAAGUCAUAUUCAAUGUAACCAUGGCAAUGCCUAAAGAGCUCACACAUGAAACCCAAGAGCAUUACGAGAGGAUAGCUUUGAUCACCAGCACCCUGUUCACACAUGUGAAAGCAUUACCAGACGGGGCAGAAAAUGUCCAUAACCAUGCCAUGAAUGCUAUAAACAGUAUGCCAAAAGAGGCCAUGCACUUUCUUUACUGGGGAUUCCCUAAGUCAGUGGGAAAGGCCUUUGUAGCAGACUUUGAGAUAAACAAAAAAGAGCUCAGAUACAGAAGCUUUUACCUGACAAACAACAUGGCUGCCAUCAUGUCACUGCUAAAACACAUUGAAAGCAGGAUAGAUUCCAGCAAUGCAGACAGCCUUGUCCCAGAGAUAAGCGCUCUCUGUUGCUUGGCCAAGGGAGACAGCAUAAUCCGCAAGUACUUGAGACUUGAGAUUCUGCCACCAUUACAAGCAGUGAGCCAUACAAGACCUGAGGAGGGUAGUGCUAUUAAGAACAAGUUGAUUAAGAUGAUGACAGCGCCAGGGGAUAUAAGGGACAUGGUAGCUGACUUCCUAUUUAUCUUGUGUAAAGAGAAUACAGAUCGCCUCAUCAAGUACACGGGUUAUGGCAAUGCGGCCGGGCUACUCGCCCGCAAAGGGCUGAUGGCGGGAGGGCAGGGGAAUGGUGGUGAAUACUCCUCAGAUGAAGAGAACUCAGAUACUGAUGAAUAUGUACAGGUCAAGAACCAGAUCGACCCCAUUAUAGGCGCCAUCCCUCCGGAUAGGCCCAACCCACUUGAUGGCAUGACGGACGAAGAGAAAGAAGAAGAAGCAAUGAAGCUGGGCGAGAUGAUUGAACACCUCAACAAGAUGGGUGUAAUCCAGACCGCAGAGAUCGGCCCUGACGGCAGACCGCGGGAAUUCCCUCCGCCAACAAGCCAGAAUGGAGGUACCAACUAGAGUUCGGCUAGCACAAGUCAGGAAGCAACCCCGGAAUAUCCGGCCGCAAUUCUUCUACAAAAAUCUUCACACUUUAAUUUCAAAAUAUGGAGGCAUUAGUAUGCGAAAAAUGUGACAGGGUAUUCUUAAGUUUACAUGUAGUUGGACCUUACACUUCUUAGCCAACUAGUGGCCUUGUUUUUAUCCUAGCGUACAAUGCACCGUCUUGAUAAAGCCUCGUUUAACAUCGCCAGCAUUGUUGAGCUGUUUGUAUACAAUGUUACACGAUGCUACGAGGUAGUUCGCUAGCAUUUUCUUUGACGUGAGGUCAACGCUGGCGAUGUUGGACGAUGAUAGCCCUUUUUUGCGAGGCGCAAACCUCAUUUUAUUACAAGUAUUAGUACUCUAAGAAACGGUCGCAGCUUUUUAAAUGUUGGUAUUCAUGUACCCGACCUAUUGAUGCAAGUUUACCUUAUGGACUAACGCAAGGGCAGGAGAAUUUGUAGAAUAGUAGAAUAACAUUUAAUAAUAAUGAUGAUAAUGAUAAUAACAAAUGUUUAUGGAGGUCAUUUAAAGCAGAGGCUGGAUAACAGAACCUUUGCGCAAUACAAAUAACCACAAUAUAGAACAAAAAAAAAACCAUAACUACAAACAAUCCAAAUACAUAUAUGUUACAAAGAUCCCAAUUCUGAAGGUAUUCAUUGGUAUUUUCUGUAAGGGCGUGGUCUGAGACUAUAAGCUUUGCUUGUCUAGUAAAUCAUCCCCCCUGCAUAAUGACAAGAGGGUUGCUUGGAUUUAAGCUAUGCAUGAGCGUAAUGAAUACUGCAAACGUCCGCCCUUCUAACAGCUAAGGUGGUGAAAACGAUCUUUAUCAGUGCCUCGCGAUACUUAAAUCGUUGUAGCCUUAUAGCUAAUGCGCGCUUUUGAGUUUUUUCAAGUGCGUUACUGGGGAUAACCGGUAGGCCAGCAAAAAAAUACUUGUAUUUGUAGGGUUCGUUUCGGCACUCUGAUUCGGUUAACGCAUCGGAGUCUGUUCGCGUGCUACGUGGUAGCAAUCAGAUUACGCAACGUAAUUUGACCGAUUUUCUAGAGCGCGUCAAAAAAACAGGGCAAAUUUCAGCCAAUGUAGAGAGCAUAUAUAGAUAGAUGAUACCAUAUAGCCUAACGAAUUAUGUUCCUCCUGCCCUUGCUAACUUUUGGCAGUUUUCAUAGAAGCUCGCCUUAGUUAUACACCCAAACACAGAAAUGUUAACAGAAGCGACUGUCUAAGGGGUCGUCCACACUAACACGGAUUCAAAAGUAUCCGGAUUCGUUUCGCCGAAAACGCAUCACUUGAUUCGCGUCCACACUAUCGUUUUCGCAUCGUGUUCGCCCGGAUCCAGCCGUCCACACUAACACGGAUUCAAACCUUUGAAAACUUUGAAAGAUACAAGGUGACGUCAUUGUUAUACUAUGCGAAUGCUUAAAGCAUCGCGCGCCUGCGAUUUUACGCCAUCGUUUUCAUUUUGAUACGGAUUCGACCGUCCACACUACGGCCUAAAGUAUACGGAUUCAUUUUGAUUCACUGGAUUCGCUGGAUCCAGCGCGCGUGUUAGUGUGGACGGAAGGCCUAAACGUAUCAAAAAGUAUACUCAAACGAAUCCGUGUUAGUGUGGACGGAACGCCUAAACGUAUCAAAAAGUAUACGGAUCCAAUUGAAUCCGUGUUAGUGUGGACGGGAGGCCUAAACGUAUCAAAAAGUCUACGGAUUCAAACGAAUCCGUGUUAGUGUGGACGGCCCCUAAGGUCAAGCGCUUACAUGUGGAUCCACAGGGAGCCCAAGCUCACAGUUCGUGGUUUUUGCGAUUCGUAAGUUAUCAAUAUUAACGGCAGGGCAGGUGAAUGUUAUGUGAAUUUAAAUACCUCUGUUUAGUUUUGUAAAAGUCAACCUUUGCGUUUUACUACUUGUUGAAUAGAAAUAAGCACUGUGAGAUUGGGCUACCUGUGCCGGGUCUAGACACAGGAAGACAGUGUUAUCUAGCUAACACAGGAGGCGGAGUAGGACUGGGGGGACUUGAACGUGAAGCUAUCCAAAUUAGAGUGGCCACAUUACACUACCCACAAUGCAUUGCAGUGCUAGUUGUUUACGCCAUAAAACGCUCAUCGUUAUCGAUUUUUCUGCUCUUUUAAUGCGGGUAUGAAUUGUUGGGUAUAAUAUGUGACCACGUCUGAAGCGAUGCAUUUUGGGUCGAAUUAAUGACCCUUUUAACAUAGUUGUGUAUGACGUAUACUAUAUAUAGAGAGGUUUAAAAGUGUUUAUGGAUACAUUAUGGUCCUGAACGGGUAAAACGGGAAUUCGCCACCUGGGUUAUUGGGAACGGGAUUUAGAUUUCAGGACGGAAAGGGGUUUGUGAGACUUCGAAAAAGGGGUUCAGAUUCCCCGUCCCCCCCCCCCCCCCUGCAGGGUCCUGUACCGACAUGACAUGUGACAUGCGUUACGUGUGAUCGUGGUGGUAGUGUUGGAGAGGGGGGUGGUGGGGGUUGGGGCUGUCAAUCGAUCUAGAUGUAAGAGGUCUACAUUUUACAGCUACUAGCGCUGGCGGGGCUUGCGGGAUACACAUGGCACAUGGGCGGUGUCGUGAUAUAUAUGUAUAAAUUAUAUAGGUUAUAUUAUUCACCUAAUAAUAAAAAAGAGGAAAGACUGGUA